CAUUACCGAAUCAUUAAGACAUCAAAGAUAAUCUCUGCAGAUGGAGAAGACCAUGGUUCUGUACCCCGGUCUCGCCGUGAGCCACUUCGUUCCCAUGAUGCGGCUCGCCAGCGCGCUCGUCGAGCGCGGCUACCCAGUCUCCGUCGCGCUCAUCGACCCCGCUGCCAUCCCAGACGCCGCCUUCAGCGCCGUCGUCGCUACUAGCGCGGCCUCCAUGCCGUCCGUCCGCUUCCACACGCUCCCACUCGUCGAGGACCCGUCCAGGCUGAACCACGGCGCGCAGUUCAUCGUCAGCUACUUCGACCUCGUGCGCCGCUACAACGACCACCUCCACGACUUCCUGCUCUCCUUCACGCGCGUCCACGCCGUGGUCGUCGACUCGAUGUCCGCUCUGGCGGUCGUCGUCACCAAGAGGCUCGGGAUCCCCGGUUACCUCCUGUUUACCUCCAGCGCCGCCUCCCUCGCCGCCUUUGCGCAGCUUCCUUAUGCCCUUGCUGAGGGGAGCGGGACAAGCUUAAAGGAGCUAGGCGACACCCCUGUCGAGCUCUUCGGCCUUCCGCCAAUUCCGGCUUCGCACCUGUUGGGUGAGGUGCUCGAGGACCCGGAGAGUGACACGUACUACAAGUGGACCAUGGCCGGGCUGUCCACGAUCCCGGACUGCGGAGAUGUCAUCCUGGUGAACACGUUCGAGGCGUUAGAGGCACGCGCGGUGGCUGCUCUCGGGGACCCUCAGUGUCUCCCUGCCGGCCGGGUCAUGCCUCCGGUGUACUGCCUCGGGCCGUUCCUCGGCGGCAUCGGCGAGGCGACAGAGCCGCACAACUGCCUCGCCUGGCUAGACGUGCAACCGGACCGCAGCGUCGUGUUCCUCUGCUUUGGGAGCACCGGCACGGCGAACCACUCAGAGGAGCAGCUCAGGGAGAUCGCCGCCGGCCUGGAGAACUCCGGCCACCGGUUCGUGUGGGUCGUGCGAGCACCACGCGGUGAUGACCCGGACCUCGACGCGCUCCUGCCGGACGGGUUCCUAGACCGCACCGGUGGUCGCGGCCUCGUCGUCAAGCAGUGGGCGCCGCAGGCGGAGGUGCUCCGCCACAGGGCCACCGGAGCGUUCGUGAAGCACCGCGGGUGGAACUCGUUGCCGGAAGGCGUGACGGCGGGCGUGCCCAUGCUGUGCUGGCCACUACACUCGGAGCAGAAAAUGAACAAGGUGCACAUGGUGGGGGAGAUGGGAGUCGCCGUGGAGAUGGUCGGUUGGCAGCAGGGGCUUGUCCAGGCCGGCAAGGUGGAGCGCAAGGUGAGGCUGUUCAUGAAGUCCGAGGAGGGCGGCAAACUUAGGGCGCGCGUGGCAGCGCACAAGGAGGCCGCGGUAGCAGCCUGGGACGAUGGCGGUUCGUCCCGCGCGGCAUUCGCCAGGUUCUUAUCGGACGUGGAUGGUCGGCAGGCUCUGUCUCGCACCGGGGAAGGUGCGUGA